CAAACGUCUUUGGCAAAUCGCAUGUUUUUCCAAGUUUUUUUAAAAAAUGAUUGAAAUCAAAUAAAUUUGUUUGAAAAUGCCUUCUGAUACUCGACGUAUUUGUGGUCCGGCAGACGAGACUCGAGCCCCACUGGACGAGAAGAGAAUAAAGCAAGACAGAGCAAAACACGUGAGUUCAGGUUAUCCACAAUGUCAAUGGUCAAAUUAUUGGUCAAAUGGUGCUGGUGCAAGCAUGAAGCAUACAAUACCUUUUUACAUUAAUACAGGUUGUAGUAGAUGGUGAAAGACAGGAUGGCAGAACAUGUGAUGAAAUAAGAAAAUUUUGUAAGUUGUGCUUCAUUUUUAACUCACAGGCGUCGGUUGUGGGUGUUAGGGUGAAUGUUAGGGUGCCAGACUGGAAAGUUUGGAAAUUGCGCGCCGGAGAUUUCGAAAAUUUAAUAGUAAAUAUAUAGAAAGCAUCAAAAUUGCGCGCUGGAGAUAUCCGCCGCGCGAUACAAACUUUCCACACUGGUUAGGGUGUUAAUGUGUUAUUAAGAGAUUAUGCUACUGGAAGCCAAGUUUAUUGACAUCAACUGCAGAAAACACUUGUGAGGUAGUCAAACUCCAUGACUCACAAAUCUCAAGAACCGCCAAAAAAAGACUUAAGAACCCCUUCCUUCCCACAAGCACCACUAAUGAUUUUUGAUAUAUUGGUUACAGAUUUCCCAUAUGGUAUGUUGGUAAAACCAUGAUGUUUGAUAUUCACCAUUAUUUUUUAUUUCAACUCGCUUUUCACUAUUAAAAUGUUCCGAACUUCGUUCCUAACUUUGCAUAUUUGUUGCAAAGUUCAAAAGUUCAUAAUGAAAUUCACAAGCAUGUUUGUAAACAAAGCCUUUAAUUGGCUACUAAGUCAAACCAACCAAUCAAAUGCUCAGUUUACAAACCGAUUUGUAAAUUUUGUUAUGAGCUUUUGAACUUUGCAACAGAUUUGAGAAGUUUGGAACAUUUUAGUGAAAAGUAAGUUGAAAUCGGCAAUAACAGUAUCUUUCGAUCCUGUGAACAGGGAAAAAAAUUAAAAUAAAAGUUAAAUAAAUAAAAAGUUGGUACUAAAUUUUCAUCUUUUCUUUGUAAAUUUUUGCCUUGUAGUUGUUCGAGCCAAUGCAGUUACUCAAGCAAAAGGCUCUGCAUAUAUUGAAACUGGAAAAACAAAAAUAAUAUGUUCAAUGUAAGUUCACUUGGAAAUUGGUGUGGUUAUAGUAUGUUAAUAUUUAAUAUGUUUUACAUUACUCUGCUGUUUGUGUUUUUAGUUAUGGACCACGAGAAUCUUUGAGAAAGCAAGAAUUUAGAAUGAAGGUAAAUCCAGGGAAAUCUCUCUAAUAAGAGAUACAGCAAAGUGCCUUUAUUAGAGAGGUGUCUAUAUGAGAGAAGUAUCUAUAUUGGAGAGGUGUUCGUUAUUUAAGAGAUGUGUGUAAAGGCAGAGGUAUCCUUAUCAGGAAAGUGUAUGUAUUGAAGAGGUUUCCAUAUUAGAGAGGUGUCCACCUUACCAAUUUAGGUGUUUAUGUUAAAGAGGUGUCCAUAUUUGAGAGGUGCCUUUAUUAUGGAGGUAUUAUCAGUAUUGGAGAGGUGUCUGUAUUGUCAGUAAUUGAAGUAUUAGAUUAGAGAGAUGUCUAUAUUAGAAGAUUUAUAUCCAUAUUAGCAAGGUUUCCAUGUUAGAGAGGUGUCUAUAUUAGAGAGAUGUCGAUAUUAGAAGAUUUAUAUCCAUAAUAGGUGGUGUCCAUGUUAGAGAGGUGUUCAUACUAGAGAGGUGUUCAUAUUAGAGAGGUGUUCAUAUUAGAGAGGUGUUCAUAUUAGAGAGGUGUUCAUAUUAGAGAGGUGUUCAUAUUAGAGAGGUGUUCAUAUUAGAGAGGUGUUCAUAUUAGAGAGGUAUCUGUAUUAGAGAGAUGUCCAUAUUAGAGAGGUGUCUGUAUUAGAGAGGUGUCCAUAUUAGAGAGAUGUCUGUAUUAGAGAGGUGUCCAUAUUAGAGAGGUGUCCAUAUUAGAGAGGUGUCAUAUUAGGGAGGUGUCCAUAUUAGAGAGGUGUUCAUAUUAGGGAGGUGUCCAUAUUAGAGAGGUGUCCAUAUUAGAGAGGUGUCCGUAUUAGAGAGGUGUCCGUAUUAGAGAGGUGUUCAUAUUAGAGUGGUGUCCAUAUUAGGGAGGCGUCCAUAUUAGGGAGGUAUCCAUAUUAGAGAGGUAUCCAUAUUAGAGAGGUGUCCAUAUUUGAGAGGUGUCUGUAUUUAGAGAGAUGUUUGUAUCAGAGAGGUAACCAUAUUAGAGAGAUUUGUCUGUAUUAGAGAGAUAGGCUAAGUAGCCAUACUAGAGUUGUCUGCAUUAAAGAGAUGCUCAUAAUGAGAGGUUUGACUGUUGUCCUAUUUAACGGCAUGUAGUAAAACACUGACUACCGGAACACCGGAACACCCCCGGAACACCACCUAACCCUAACCCCAACCCCAACCCUAACCCCCAACCCUAACCCUAACCCCAAACCCUAACCCCAAACAAAAUGGUGGUGUUUCGGUGUUCCGGUGGUGUUCCGGUGUUCCGGUAGUCAGUGUUUUACUACAUGCCCUAUUUAACUGGGUUAAAUCUAUCAAAUAAGAUACAGAGGUGGUUAUUUCAGUUUUUCUAUGUAGGGAAAAUUAACCUGUGAAAUAAAAUAUGCACCAUUCUCAUGCAAGAAGAGAAGAUCACCUGUUAGGGUAACUAUUUAAUUUAGUUUUUUGAAUUUGAAUUUUACAAGCUUUGUCACAAUGUUAAGAUUAUGUAACAAAUCGAAAUAGGUUACAAAGGAAAAGAAAUGUCUUACCAUCAGAAACUGCAGACGCUCCACUUAUUGCCUUUAUGCUAUGACAGGGAAAUCAAAGACCUCACCUUUUUCUACAAGGCCUUAUAUAGAUACAUUGGCAUGAACGUCAGUGAAUAUAUUUCACUUUUUGGCCAAUGGCAGCACCAGACACAGCCAGAUUUCUUUAAUUAUGAAAGCUCCACAUUGUAAGACAAACACUUUUCUGGCAUGUUUUAUAACCGGGUUGUCAAACUCUGGAACACUUUUCAUGUUACUUUUAACAUUCUAUUUUAACUGGAAGGUGUCUUGCAUGGGUACUUCAGUCCAGUUUUCGCCUUAUUUGAUUGGCUUUUUUCAAAUGUAUUUGUACAUGUUUAUAAAUAUCGUCUACGAUCUUAUGCAGAAUUACAGUUUGUGGCAAGUUUUUUAAAAAUAUUUUUUGUUAGGAUGCAGAAGAGAAAGAUUUAUCAAAUAUAAUUAAACAAGCACUUGAACCUGCGAUCAUUAUGGUAAGACCUGCAAAUUAUCUCAAGUAGUUUUGACUGAUGCAUUCGUAUUGCUCGCACCUGUCUGUUGUAUGUUACGGUAGGGGUCCAGGGACAUGUUUCCCUGGGAGAAUUUUGAAUUUUCUAUUUCACGUCUUUUAGGACGAGGUUUGAAGAAAAAGAACAAUCACAAAACGGCGUUUUUAAGUCGCCUAUGCUGUUAGAUCGAAAAAAUAUUGAUGUAAAACGUUGUACUGUACACGCAAAUAGAACAGCAAAAUAGCACAAUGUCUUUGUUUUUGAAGACGUCCGUCAUGACUGCUGCUAUGCGCGCAAAUUCAAGUUCAAAUGUGCUUUCAACAACCAUAGGCAUUUUUACUGCAGUUAGGAUUCUAGAUAGGGAAGACAACAACUUUUAUUGGUAAACAGAAGAGAUGGGAAUCAUUAUUUACACAUCUUACCGGGCCCUCCCCCAAUUUCUACCCGGAUUUCAGCUUUUCAGAUUUCAGCAGUCAUUCUACCCACUGGGGGGGGGGGGGCACUGACAACAACUUUAUUUGUAUCCAAACAUACAAAUUAAGUAUAUUUACAAAUUGUUUGAAGUAAAAUAAUUAGGAUACUAAUUGUUUACUUCCUGAAAUAACCAUAGUGGGCUAAAAAUGCCAGGAAGUCGGGUAUUUAUAAGUAUAUUUAAAUUUAGAUUGGAAUGAUUGGAAAAGAGGGAGAUCUGCAAGAUUUUUGUCAAACAGAUACAAACACACAUUCUACGUAGGAUCAUCCAAGCGGCUAGAAAGCCAUGAAUACAUUAACUCAUUAAGCCAAAACUGUAGAGAUGGACAUUUUAAGGUUCUCAAUUAAAAGUAAUAUUCCAUACUGUGAUUUGUAUUGAAUUCUUUUAGGAAAAAUUUCCAAAGGCACAAAUUGACAUGUACAUCAUGGUUUUGGAGAACGAUGGAAAUGGUAAUGUUAGCAAUACCCAUUAAUGGCCAGUCCAUAUAAGCUCAGCUAACCUGGAAACUCGCCUGAGUAUGAUCUGUGUGCCCUUUGUUGACCCUGAAAUUCAAUAGCCAAUCCCAGCUAUCGACUAAUUUUUUAUCUAGACAAGAAAGACGAAAUAUAUCAUUAUAGCUCAAGAGAGCAUCCUAAAAUUAAUAAAAUUGCAAAGUUUGGUUGCGAAAUGUUGUAAAAUACGGAAAAUAUAGCCCUGUGAAAUUAGCAAAUUUUGAGUAUUUUAGUAUUACGCGCGGUAAAAAUAACCACUUUCGGCUCAAAAAUGGUUAUUUUUACCACGCGUGAUACUAAAAUACUCAAGAACUUAAAAUCUUAUUUAUUUGUUAACCCAUUGAGCCGCAAUGCGCCCCAGUGCGCCCUACUUAUUUUUUACCUGUCUAUAACGCCAGACGAUUUUACUCGUCAAUGGGGAAGUUCUGCAGUUUAAUGGGUUAACCAAAAAAUCUGACAAUGUCUCUAGUUAACCCAUUGAGCCGCAUGCGCUCUGUUUAUUUUUUUACUUGUGUAACGCCAGACGAUUUUAAUUAACCACAGUGUUUUUUUUAGACUGUGAAGUCGUAAUAGUUUGUUUAAUUACAACACGAGGCCUUGCAAAAAUAUUUCAAAGACGCCAUGUUUACAUAUUUUCGUCCCACCGAGACGAAAUAUUAGGUAGAAUAAAAACAGUGAUAUUAACGCAGAAAUAAUUCAUUCCGCUCAGUGAGCUUCGUACGAACAGGCCCUAACAGCUACCACUUCCCUUUGGCAAUAAAACAUCAAAUUUAAGUUAUAUAAGUGCCUUGCAGCUAUACUAUGAUUGGAUUAAAAAAAUACAUGGUUUAUUAUUUGUUACGGUUACUAUAGACUGCUAAUCUGUAGCCAAAAUAUUGUAUGGUGAAGUUGAUAACUCAACUUAAGGUGGUUCAUCAGUAAUUGUUCUGGAAUUAAAAAUUUGUUGAAACCUCCCAGGGGUAAAGUUUAUGAUAUGCUCAAAGUAAAAACAGAAAACAAUCGCAAUUGCUUAACCGUUAUUGAAUUUUUUUAACAUGGAUCCUACUACAAAUAGCUAUCCAUAUAGUGAUUAUAUACAAGAAAACAUGGUAUUUUAGCGAAUCAAAAGCCAUUGACGUGCAUUGUCGUGGUACAAAGAUGUCUUUCCCCAUCUUCUCAGACAUGUUAUUUUGGAAAGCAUGCGCGAAAAAUGUAACAUAUUACAAGUUGUAGAAAUGAUUUUUCUCUUAUUUUGUGAUAUGACAUGUAAAACGUAUAGCAGAACAAAAAUAUAAAACGUAGGGUCACAGACCUUGUUAAAGAGAUACAAUUAGGGUUAAACCGUUGGGUUAAACCAUAGAUAUAGGAGGGUUAAACAUGCAACAUGAUGCGGUUUUGUGUUAGUUCCACAGCAGCCCUAGCCAGAGUUCUGUCAUUUUUGAAGGUAUAUUUCCUGAAGCACGCCUACACAUUAUGAGCCUGCUGUUGAACAUGUUUAACAGGAUUGAACAAUGUUGUGUAGCACACAUUGUUCACACUUGUCAACAAUAUUGAACAAUAUUGCGGUUGCCAUAGAGUAUUUUGAUAAAACACAAAACAAUAGACACUCAAAGAAGAAGACGAUUCUUCUGAAGAUGACUUAAAUUAAAGUCGAAACGUAAAGAAUUAAAAAUGUUUACAAUUUUCGGAGUGUCUAUUGUUUUGUGUUUUAUUUGAACAAUAUUGUUGAGCCUGAAUCGGGUGUAACAAUAUUGUUCAAUAUUGUUGACAACUGUGAACAAUGUGGGCCGCACAACAUUGUUCAAUCCUGUUUUCAUCAAUACUGCAACGUUUUUAGCUGUGUAGUCAAUGCAAAGUGUUUUCUCUUUGCCCUUACUCUUCUUCAUCACAUUACACUGCAGUUCUACUUACUGUAUCUUAACUAUAGAAUAUGUUAUUACAUAUGCGCAGUACAAGUGCGCAAUGCAAAACUGAUGAAUCACCUUAAAUUCACUUUAGUUCUUGCUGGCGCCAUCAACUGUGCCACGGUCGCUUUGGUCGAUGGUGGAAUUGAAAUGUAUGAUCUUGUUGUUGCAUCUUCUUUGGUGAGUACUUCCACAGGGUGCGAUAAUUAACACUUAUUCUGCGAACUCGAGUCGUAUAUGAGCGGAUAGAUUGUUUGAUACAUUAUUUUCUCGUGUUUGGAUAUCCCGGUGAAACACUCGCUCUCGUUGUUCAUAUAUUAAGCCUGUUUUCCACUAGGCGGAAUUUGUCUUUGUCUUUUCUAAUUAGUUCCACAAAAAAAAAUUCCGCUCCGCGCGCAAAAUUCCGCCUAGUGGAAAACCGGCUUUACAUACAAUUCUAUCCAUACAUACGUGAACAUUUUAAGAACAAAUGUUUCUACUGACUGCUUUGGUAUAACUGUAUGGAGAUUAUGUAUGGAUAGGUUUGUUACUGAUUCUUCCAUAGUCACUCGCUAUACGCAUUAAUACGAGAGAUUACGCCUGUUCUAACCCAUUCCAAUCAUCCAACGCAAGCGACUGGGAACGCGUCAGGGUUUGUUAUGUACUGAUAUUUUUUUAAUAAUCGGGCGCCCUGUGGCUGGUGGACUAGUUCUUAUAUUCUUGUGAUUAUUGUUGAUUAUUGGUAUUUCUAGGUGCAGUCAAUCAAUAAUACUCUUUUGGAUCCGCUUUGUACAGAGGUAA